AUGGAGCGGUUGAAGCUUGCGCAGCUGGGGGAGAGGCUGAAGACGGGUGGGGCCCAGAUGGGCCGAAUGGUGAGCGGGAAAGUCAAGGAGAUGCUGCAGGCGCCCACGCCGGAGUCCAAGAUGGUGGAGGACGCCACGGCCGAGACGCUCCAGGAGCCCAACUGGGGCAUGAAUCUCAGGAUAUGCGCCAUGAUCAACAGCGACGACUUCAGCGGCUCCGAGCUCGUUAAGGCCCUCAAGAGGAGACUCACCCACAAGAGCCCCCUCGUUCAGACCCUCACCCUCGAACUCUUGGAAACCUGCGCCAUGAACUGCGACAAGCUCUUCUCCGAAAUCGCUUCCGAGAAGCUUCUCGACGAUUUGGUUCGCUUGAUGGAUAACCCCCAGGCCCAGCACCACACUCGCAGACGGGCUUUUCACUUGAUUCGGGCCUGGGGCGAGUCCCAGGAUCUUGCCUAUCUCCCUGUCUUUCGUCAAACUUAUAUGAGUUUGAAAGGAAGAGAUGAAGCACUUGACAUGGCUGGAGGAAAUUCACCGUCUGCUCCAUAUACCUUGGAGUCAGAUACAAAUCAAUAUCCUGUAGACCCCCCUGAGAGAUACCCGAUUCCUCAAGCUGAACUUUAUGAAAUGGAUGAUUCAGCCACUUUCUCUACAAAUUACCUACACAUGUCGAUUGAAGAGAAGAAAGAGCAUCUUGUGGUUGCUCGAAACAGUCUUGAGUUGCUUUCUAGCAUAUUGAAUUCGGAGGCAGAGCCAAAACCUUUGAAGGAAGAUAUAACUGUGAGCUUGUUGGACAAAUGCAAGCAAUCACUCUCUGUUAUCAAGGGGAUUGUAGAAGGCACUACAGAUGAUGAAGCAACGCUUUUUGAGGCUUUAUAUCUCAAUGAUGAGCUGCAACAGGUAGUGUCAAAAUAUGAGGAGUUAGAAGCUGCUCAAAGUUCUGGGGCACCACCAUCUCAAAAUGCGGACACUGCCAAGCAUGAUGCGGAACUUGUUCAAAACCGCAAUGAACUACCUGAAAGUGAUGAAUCCGAAGCUGCUCAGAAUCUGGAUGGAAAGCUUCCUCAAAAGUUUAACACUCUUGAAGUCAAUGCAACUGAGGUGGCUGGCCUUGCCGAAACUAAAGUAGUGGAUGACACAAAGGAAAAGGGUGCUGAAUCUAGUUUCAAGCAAGAUACCAAAUGAGGAAAGCGUAGUUGGCAUAUGCAUGUUCUAGCAUUUUAUUUUGUCUUUGUCCAUAUCUUGUAAUAAGCUAGUCAUUCUGUGAGGGUGAUUUACAUUGCCCAGAUAUGUAAGUGGCAGGAGUUUUAUCCCGAUGAUUGUGAUAUUUAAUCCAUGUGAGAUCGUGCUAGUUUUUCAUAAUGUUAAUGUAGUACACACAUUUGAUCCGAUUCCAUAUAUUA